AAGGGGAAGAGUGUGAACAAGAGAGAGAAGAGGCGUUCUCUAACAGAAAGAGGUAGAGGAGAGGAGAGCAACAUAGUUGUUUUCUAUCUCCGUGGAUCUCACACUGAGAGUUGUCUCACCACAAGAGAGGGAAUAUUUUUUUUAUUUUUCUUCUGUUCAUGUUAUCACCACUGAUCAUACAGAAUAAAUACCUUGUUAAACUGGGAUUUUCUUCAAUCUGAACUCAACUAUAAAACAGAUUUAAUCUCAGACUGAUUCUUCUGACGGGACUCGUUCUAUUUGGAUCCUACUAGUUGUCUGGUGUGGAUAUAAUACCAGUCUGUCUCUGAGAUGGAGUCCAGAACUCUUCUACUUGUUCUGGGUCUUCAUUUCACUCUUCUGGGGAACCAAGAGGCCAGAGAUUGCGGCCUGGGCUUCAUAGCCAAAGGGAGUCAACAAUGUGAUGAUAUAGAUGAGUGUAAAGUGUUGGACAGUACCCCACCCUGUGAAAGUACUGCCAUGUGUUACAACACACAGGGAAGCUUCUACUGUCAGUGUCAACCUGGGUUCAAAUCCACAACGAAUGGCGGCUUUACUCCUCUCACUGGGAAGUGUAGCGACAUCGAUGAGUGCCAAGAUACACCUCAGUUUUGUGGCAGCAACGCCAUUUGCCUCAACACCAUUGGGAGCUACCACUGCCGUUGUCAACCUGGGUUCAGAUUCUCUAAUCACACUGUGCAAUACUGAUGGAAAGUCCAAUAUCCAGUUUUCUGAUGAGUUCACCAAUGAUUUUGUCACUUCUGCGCCUGCUCCCCCUCUCUGACGCUCGAGGUUGCCAGGCGACUCAUCAUUACUCACACCUCUCACCAUCGUUACGCGUCCCAGCGCUUCAUCGGACUCACCUGGACUCCAUCACGUCAUUGAUUAUCUACCCUAUAUCUGUCACCCCCUCCAGUUAAUUUUUCGUAUCUGCAUUGAUGUUGUAUUGUUUCUCCUGUCCAGACGCUCUUCCUGUUUUUCAUGUCUGUUAAUCCAUUAAAUAUUCAUUCCCUGUACUUACUUCUCGUCUUCCAGCGUCUGACAUCACAGAGCCAUUACAGAUUGUGUACAUUUCCUUUUUAAAGACUUGCUGAAGCAUUUGACUUAGGAUAACAGUUAGUGAGACUGUAGUAAUAUACAGUAUAAAGAUACCUGAAUCCGGCUGUUUUUUAAUAGAUUUUUAUUUAAAUUUAAACUUUAUUUGACUAGACAAGUCAGUUAAAAACAAAAUGUUAUUUACAAUGAUGCCCUAGGAACAGUGGGUUAACUGCCUUGUUCAGGGGCAGAACAACAUGUAUAUUUUCUUUCAGCUCCGGGGAUUCGAUCUAGCAACCAUUCGGUUAUUGUCCCAAUGCUAACCACUAGGCUACCUGCCGCUAGGAUACCUAGGGGUAGUAUUUUCACCUCCUGAUGAAAUGCAUGCCCAAAGUAAAUUGCCUGUUACUCAGGCCCAGAAUUUAGGAUAUGCAUAUAAUUAGUAGAUUUGGAUAGAAAACACUCUAAAGUUUCCAAAACUGCUGAAAUAUUAUGCCUAUGAGUAUAACAGAACUGAUAUGGCAGGUGAAAACCUGAGAAAAAUCCAUCCAGGAAGUGGAAUUGUUUUCAUGUGGCUGUUUUUCAACUCAAUACCAAUAGAGAAUCCAAAGGGUUAGGAAUCAGAUUGCAGUUCCUAUAGCUUCCACUAGAUGUCAACAGCGAUCUUUGUUAUUUUUCCUUUCUAUUGAAAACGGUAUUGUCCGGUUUAAAUAUAAUUGAUUAUAAAUACAAUUAACAACCUGAGGAUUAAUUAUAAGUGUAACUGGGAGUCUUGUGAGUGCAACCAUAUGAAGAUCAUCAAAGGUAAGUGAUUAAUUUCAUCGCUAUUUCUGACUUUAGUGACUCCUCGACUUGGCUGGUAAAUGAUUGUAUGCUUUUUUUUACACGGGCGCUGUCCUCAGAUAAUCCCAUGGUAUUCUUUCACCGUAAAGCCUUUUUGAAAUUUGACACAGCGGCUGGAUUAACAAGAAGUUAAUCUUUAAGGGAGAUUUACUCAAUAAAUGUUCCUUUUGUUCGAUAAAGUCUCUUUAUAUCCAAAAACCUCCGUUUUGUGCGCACGUUUUCUUCAGUAAUCCACAGGCUCAAACGAGGUCAAAACAGGCAGACAAAAAAAAUCCAAAUUGUAUCCGUAAAGUUCAUAGAAACAUGUCAAAAGAUGUUUAUAUUCAAUCCUCAUGUUGUUUUUGGCCUAAAUGAUCUAUAAUAUUUCAACCAGACAAUGACUUUGUCAAUAUAAAAGGUAAACAAGAAAUGCACUCUCUCGGGAUUGUGCAUGAAAAAGCUCUGCGACACGGUAGGGUCCACUCAUUCAGACUGGUGUUACGCCCUCAUUUCUAAGAAUACAAGCCUGAAACAAUUUCUAAAGACUGUUGACAUCUAGUGGAAGGCAUAGGAUCUGCAAAUUGAGUCCUAAAUCAAUGGAUACUGUAAUGGCAUUGAAUAGAAAACUACAAAAUCCUCCCCAAAACUACUUCCUGAAUGGAUUUUUCUCAGGUUUUCGCCUGCCAAAUCAGUUCUGUUUUACUCACAGACACAAUUUUAACACUUUUGGAAACUUUAGAGUGUUUUCUAUCCAAAUCCACCAGUUAUAUGCAUAUAAUAUCUUCUGGGCCGGAGUAGCAGGCUGUUUAAUUAUGGGCUUUUCAUCCAAAAUUCUGAAUGCUGCCCCCUACCCUAGAAUUGUACUGAAAACCCCAGUGUAAUAAACCUUGUACACAAAAUGUUUUGAAAUGUUUGAAAUGUCUUUUAAUAUUGAUUAUGAAGUACAGGGAUAGAAAGGGGAAAUAAACACUCACUUAUUAGGGUUGAAUGACCUCCGACCUCUAUUCUGACUUUCUGGUGAGGCCUAAUCACCCUCACUAGAAAGGCUAGAGACAUUGGGUGAGAUUUAAAUGUAAAAUGUAAACACUGAUAAUUAGUAAGAAGAUUAUAAAUGAAAUCAGAUUGGUCACAUACACAUGUUUUAUCAAUAGUCCUAUGUGUGAUUCAGACCACGAGGAGAAGAGAGAGAGAGAGAGCUGCUCCUGAAUGAGGGAAUCCUGUCUCCAGUCCAUAUUACAAUUCCUUCAAUUACCUUAUGGGAUACAAUUAUUUCCUUAUGGAGUUAUCGAGGUCAUUUGAUUGUAUUUGUUAUUCUGAUUUGUUUAUUUUUUACUUAACCGGCAGUGUUGUUGUUGUUUUGGAUGCAUAAAACACAAUGUGAGUCAUGUGUCAAAAGGGAAGAAGUGCAUAGUGGUUGUUGUUCUUGGUUGUUGUUUGUAUUGUGCGUUUUUGUUUUGUUUGUUGUAUGAUGUUUUGUUUGUUUUAUUUUUGUCUUGCUUCAAAAAAACAAAUCUCUCCAGAUUGGUUCUGCUGUAUGGUCGGGAUUUCUCCCUCAGGGUUAGCCCUCUACCAAACCUGACCCUGUAACCUGACCCUGUAACUCUGCAGUGAGGUCGUCAAUGUUACAGGGGAGUAUUUGAAAAAAUGGUUUUAACAGUGUGUUGUUAUUCUAUUUGACAUUUGUCUUAGACAUUUCUAUUAAGAAUAUUGGCAGUGGUAAUAAUUUGUUAUACAGUAAAUAGUUUGUCUGGUUUCAGGCUUUUAUUUUGAAAAAUGAUGUGUUAAAAGCCAUUUUAACAAUUUUAACAAUAGUUAUCAAGGUGUCAUACAAGGAGGGAAAAUGUUGCUGUCUGAAGAGGUAGCAUUAAAUUGUACACAGCAUCUCCUCUCACUCAGGUGACUGUGACCUCCUCCUCAGACCAAUUGACAGUACGCCCAUUGUUCUGGGAACCAAAAUGAGUAUCUCAGUUUCAAGGUCCCAGAUUUGAAAGAAGAACCCUUGUUAGUUAUCAGUCAGUCAGUCACUUGCAGGAACCAACAUUGCAUAAUGAAUCAUGUAAAUCAUGCUUAUAUGAAUUGUGUGGAUAGCCGUAUAUUAGUGAACUAACGGGACUGUCCCGGCAGAGCUCCUGACCGAUGUGAACUAUGCAUGAAGUUUGUUGGAACCUCUCCAGCUUGCUGAUAAUAAAGAAUGAUUCAUUUAAGUUUGA